AUGGAGCGUUUGCUUGAACAACGAUACGCCAUAAAGUUUUGCGUGAAGCUUGGAAAGAAUGCAACCGAAACAUUCCAGAUGCUUCAAGAGGCCUUCAAGGACGAUUGCAUUUCAAGGUCACAAUCCGGGAAGUGGCACAAGGCGUUCAAGGAGGGCCGGGAGGAGAUCGCCGACGAACCCCGUUCUGGGCGCCCAACAACAGCCAGAACCAACGAAAACGUGGAUCGUGUGCGCAAAGUUUUGCGUUCCGACCGUCGAUUAAGCAUCCAGCAAAUUGCUGACACCCUACACAUGUCCAAAUUUACGGUACAUAGGAUAGUGACCGAGGAUUUGCAAAUGCGCAAGGUCUGCGCGAAGCUUGUGCCGAAAGUGUUGACGGAAGACCAUAAAGAACUUCGAGUUUUGCGCUGUCAAGAAUUGUUGGAUUUGAUUCAAAAUGAGCCGGACUUUCUGAACUUUGUCGUAACCGGAGACGAAUCUUGGAUGUUCGAAUACGACCCAGAAUCGAAAAGGCAGAGCAGCGAGUGGCACACAACAUCAUCCCCCCGCCCCAAGAAAGCGCGAAUGAGUAAAUCGCGCAUCAAAAUAAUGCUCAUUGUCUUCUUUGACGUCCGAGGAAUUGUCCAUUAUGAGUUUGUACCGCAGGGACAAACUGUCAACUCAGCCUUUUACCUGAACGUGCUCAAGAGAUUGAAACGCCGGGUCGCGCGC